AUGAAGCUUUUACAAAGAACACCUCUGCUCUCAGCAGCCGUCGUCAUCUCAUUCCUGGCCGUAGGGACAUUGGCUGAUACUACAGCACUGCCAAACCUCUCAUCAGCCUUAACAGCUGCAGAUUCAACUACUGCGGACACAGCAUCGAAUACUGGAACUGCUACAGGCAGCGCGGCGACGACAGAUGCGACAACUGGGGGAUCUACCUCACAACCCACGACCGCAGUUAUUACAGGUGGUUCGACGGAUUCAGACACCGCAACUAGUUCAAUACCAUCGAUCACCGGCGAUAGCACCUCCACAGACAGCGGCGCCCUCCCCUCAGGUCUCCCCACCCUCUCCGGCCAAUACAAGAUCGUCGCGCCCUCCGUCCCACCAACUGCCAAUGCGCCCUACAUGCAAACCUCUACUCUCCCCGAGGGUACUGUCUUCAUCGCCGUCGGUGCCAUCCUCGGCUUCAUGGCCAUAUCCGUGUUGCUCUGGCGGGGCCUCGUAGCCUGGUCUCUGCAUCGCUCCGUUAAGCGCGCUUCCCUGCAGCAGAAUAUGUCCGACACGAAAGCUCUGUUCCAAGCUCCCGUUCCUGGCGUCUACAAAAACUACCAUGACCGCGAUUCUACUCUCUCGCUUUCCGGCAUUGGGGGUGGUGGUAAAAGGGGAAAGAGGGAUACAAAAACACCCACCGCACCGCACGGCGCAAGUAGCACAUCCCUGUUCUUCUCCCCCACCGCGGGCGCUGCGCACAGCACACCAGGCAACAGAGCCUCCACCUAUCUUCCCGCAGGCUACUACGCAGCAGGCGCUGCACAGACACCAUCUCACGUCUCGCUCGGCGGCGGUGGAGGACCCGGUAUCUCACUCUCCAAUCUUGGCCCACAAACUGGGGGCUAUACUCGUGCACGGAGCAUAGGACCCAGUCCCCCUGGUAGUCCGUCUUUGAGAGGUAGCAGACAUAUGGCGAGUUCGAGCACGCUGAAUUUGAAUUCGGGCUAUGGGGGCGAGCAGAGGGCCCCGAGUGCGUACUUGGAGGACUUAUUUGAUGGUGAGGGAGGGCCACCUGUUCCGGGGCAUCAGGGUGAGCGAAGGAGAGAUAGUGGGAAUCGGUUUUAA